AUGGACAGUGUACUUUAUCGAAGCAGAAAGCCUUGUUUUGGAGAUGACAUGUCACUAGUGCCUCAGGAAAACUUGUCACCGGCUUCUGCGGCUGGUGCUGGAAGUCUUGUUGUAGGAGGGGGAGAAAAGUCGAUUGAAGCCCACCCUACAGCUAAUAUUUCUGUUGAAGAAUAUGAAAGGCUUGUCCUUUCUCCUCCGCCUGUCCCUUUGAAUCUUGAAGCUGCCUGUGCUGCCAUUCAAGAGGCUGCCUGCCGGUCAAGCUCUAGGUCCCAAUCAAUCAGCGGCAGCACACGUUCUCUAAAAACUAGUAGGCAGGAAGGAUGCCCUGAAACUCAUAGCGAUCACAGUGCACGAUCUUCAGUCCAUGAACUUCGCAAACCAGAGGCUAAAGAAGUCAUCCCAUCCCAUGCAGAUGAAAAACAGCUAAAGCCUCCAAGCAAAUGGCGUCGUUUUCUGUGUUGUUUUCCAGAAAAAUCCCAUCGUUCAUUCCCUUCUAAACAAAACAAUGUAUCUCCUGUAAAACAAUCACAGUCUGAAAGCUUGAAGUUAGUCAGUGACAAAGAUGCAUCUCCAUAUAGCAAAAUAAAUUAUUCAGUGAACGAAAAUCCAACUAAGUUUGCCAAAUUUAGUAAAACAAAGCGUUUCAGAAAGUUAAAAGAUUUGCCAGUUAGUGAUACAGUUAAAAGCACUGCUGAUCAUGUUUCCCUCCACUCACCCACUGAGGAUAUGCACCAAUCUGUUGUGUCAAGUUUUCAACCUGUGUUGCCUAAUACAGUACUGAAUGCACUAGGAUCUAAAUCUGACAGUUUUUGUGCUCAUUUGACUUCUGUGUCUAAUGGUUGUAACCUCAGUGAACCCGAUGACCAUACAGAGUCUGCUGUUUCGCACUCAGCUGUGGGAGCAAACGCCAACACAUCUAAAUUGCACUGUUCUUUUCGAUUUCCAACCUUUAAACGCCACACUAAUGAUCUAUACUCUGUGAAAGGUAAUAAUAACAGUGAACAACAAAAUCCAAUUGGGCAGAUGAAUAACAUUUGUAAUAUCGAAUCAGCACACCACGUGAUCCAUCAGCAGUUACAACCUCUUAAUUCACCUUGGAUGGGCUGUGAUGAUCCUGACGGUGACCACCAUAUGACUCCAAGCAGUUUUUCUCAUGACCAAUAUUCAAUUAAUUAUGACAGAAAUGGUGGUCGGGGUGAUGCUUCUUCUGAAAACAUGGAUUCAUUAUCGCCUGAAAUAGAUCUGUUGGGUGAAGUAGACUCAGAUUGUAUCAACAAAAAGUGUUUAGUUUUGGACUUGGACGAAACACUAGUGCAUAGUUCUUUCAAAUAUGUGGAGAAUGCAGAUUUUAUUGUCCCCGUGGAAAUCAAUGGCACUAUUCAACAGGUUUAUGUCCGGAAGAGACCACAUCUUGAUAAAUUUCUCAAGGCUGUUGGACCACUUUUUGAAUGUGUUAUGUUCACUGCAAGUCUCCGAAAGUAUGCUGAUCCUGUGUGUGAUUACAUUGAUGCAUCAGCGUAUUUUCGUCAUCGGUUAUUUCGUGAAGCGUGUGUUGAUCAUCAAAGUAAUUUAAUCAAGGAUUUAAGUCGUCUUGGAAGAAAUGUUGAACAGAUAUGCAUUGUUGAUAAUUCACCGAUAUCAUUUUUAUUUCAACCAAGUAAUGCACUCCAAAUUGUUUCAUGGUUUGGUGAUUCAAAUGAUCAAGCUUUAUCUGAACUGAUACCUUAUCUUAUUGGAUUAGCUAAUGCUAGAACUGUUGUGGAUUAUUUACGUGAGUUUAGACCACCACAAAAUGCAGCAGUUGCACAACCACCUACUCCUACUUGGUUACUCUUAUUUAAUCCUACUCUACCAGGUGAUAUGAACACUUUAGAGGAUAGUGAAGGAGGUGAGCUAGAAGAUGAAGAGAUUACAGUUGAUUAUCAUGAAGAAGAUGCUAUCCUAUCACCUCAUUAUACUUUAACUCAAGCUCAUUUUACUUGA